AUGGGAACAGUUCUUGAAGCUGCAGUCAAGGAUACAAAUGGAAGCAUCCUAAAUAAAAAACCCACAGUUGUGUUUGUGCUAGGUGGCCCAGGCAGUGGAAAGGGUACCCAAUGUGCAAACCUUGUCGAACAUUUUGGGUUUACUCAUCUCAGUGCUGGUGAUCUUCUUCGUGCAGAAAUCAAAUCUGGCUCUGAAAAUGGCACAAUGAUCCAGAAUAUGAUCAAGGAAGGAAAGAUUGUUCCAUCUGAGGUAACAAUUAAGCUUCUGCAACGAGCAAUGCAGGAAAAUGGCAAUGACAAAUUUCUUAUUGAUGGUUUUCCUCGCAAUGAGGAAAACCGUGCUGCAUUUGAGAAAGUGACAGGAAUAGAACCAACGUUUGUCCUAUUCUUUGAUUGCCCGGAGGAAGAGAUGGAGAGACGGCUUCUUAGUAGGAACCAGGGUAGAGAAGAUGACAACAUUGAAACAAUAAGGAAGCGAUUCAAGGUUUUCUUGGACUCUAGUCUCCCUGUUAUUAAUCAUUAUGAUGCUAAGGGAAAAGUCCGCAAGAUUGAUGCUGCAAGGCCUGUUGAAGAGGUAUUUGAUUCAGUCAAAGCAAUUUUUGGUCCAAAAAAUGAGAAGGCUGAUUGA